UUCUGCUGGUCAGAAAACUGCUUUGAUUGUUGAUUAAAUGCGUAGUCAGUGUGCUAACUUAGCUACAUAACUCAUUUCCAACUAUUAAACAAUAUGGUAACUCUAAAGCUACGAUUCCUGCUAUCUAGCAUUCAGUUAGACUGAGACCGCGGAGGUCUCCGCCUAGUAGCUAGUUAGCUAAGCUAAGCUAACCAGGCAUUAAGUCAUCGAAACAGCUGAUGCUCUCUGUGUGAAUUAACGCCAACUAUAGCUAAUAGGUUUUCCACAAAGUUAAAGCUUGAGAAAUUUCGUUUCCAACAAAUGUUGUAACUAAUGUAACGUAUAAUAGCUAGCUUUCGACCGGUCAUGUUUCACGAAGCUUAAGUCAGCUUCUUAUUCGAAUUUUCCCGUUCCACCUUAAAUGAUGCCGCAGUUACAUUUUGCCGCCUGAGGCUAGGGUUAGCGCCAGAAUGUAACAGCUGCGCCAUUUAAGGUGGAACGGGAAAAAGCUGGCGAAUAGGAAGCCAAUUCAGCUUCGUUCAAUAUAUUUCCUUCGCAGUCUUUUUCGCUACCUACCAUUAUGUCCGCGUCACUAGCUAUCUAACGUUAGCUUCUGAAUAGAUUCAAUAACAUAUGCCAUAUUCUGUGAGCUUAAUUACGAAUUGUAGACACCAGGGUACACAUUUUCCAAAUAAGGUCGUAGUGAGAUUGAGAAAUCCACCCUUUAGCUUUGCAUAUAUUUCACAUUUCCAUGUGGCGUGUGUAGAAGAGCAGCCAACGCCAAACAGUACAUUUACAGACACCUAAAAUGACUCAAGUAAUGCUGAGUGAAAGAAACGCAAGGGGCUGUAAUUAUAGGGCAGUGGGACAGUUGGUUCAUCCAGGGCGCGGAUAUGAAGAGUUUGUUGGGGUACUAAAAAUAGAAUGCGGCUGCAUUCUCAUGAAGAGGUGGGUGGCUUUUUCGUGCCAGGAGGUGACAGCGAAUCAAUGUCAAGUGACCGUAAAGGGCUUUCUGCGAAGGACAACGAUUUGUCUUUUUAAGAGAGUUUUGUAAAGCUGCUUUGUUAUGGCGGUUACCUGCCAGCUAUUUCGGCUAAUUUGCGGCAGGGAGCUGGGUCGGAUUUGGGCGCCUGCCAUUUUGUGUCAAACCUGCUGCCAGUUCCAUCACCCGUGUAAAGCAGCAAACCAACCAAAUGCAGAAUCAUAUCCAAGGUGGCACCUGUCCCGUGCUUAUGGGACCUCGGCUGCACGGCCCACCUACUACCUGACUCCACCUCAGGUCAACAGCAUCCUGAAAGCCAAUGAGUACAGCUUCAAAGUCCCUGAGUUUGAUGGCAAGAACCUUAGCUCAGUCAUGGGCUUUGACAGCAACCAGCUGCCGGCCAAUGCGCCCAUAGAGGACCGGCGAAGCGCAGCCACGUGCCUUCAGAUGCGUGGUAUGCUGUACGGUGUCUUUGAUGGACAUGCGGGCUGUGCCUGUGCUCAGGCGCUCAGUGAGAGACUUUUCUACUACAUUGCUGUUUCCAUGCUGCCACACGAGACACUGGUUGAACUGGAGAAUGCGGUGGAGAGUGGCCGGCCUCUCCAGCCCAUCUUGCAGUGGCACAAGCACCCCAAUGACUACUUCAGCCGUGAGGCCUCGCGCCUCUACUUCAGCAGCCUGCGCACAUACUGGCAGGAGCUGCUGGACUUGAGCGCACCCGGAGAGCAGCCCGAUGUGGCUGAAGCGCUGGUGAGUGCUUUUAAGCGGCUGGACAAUGACAUCUCUCUGGAGGCGCAGGUGGGUGACCCCAAUGCCUUUCUGCACUACUGGGUACUACGCGUGGCCUUCUCCGGAGCCACAGCCUGUGUGGCCCAUGUGGACGGCAAUGACCUGCAUAUAGCCAAUACGGGUGAUGGCCGGGCUGUGCUGGGAGUACAGGAGCCUGAUGGUUCCUUCUCUGCGCUGACUCUCUCCAAUGACCAUAAUGCCCAAAACGAGGCAGAGGUGCGGCGGGUGAGGGCUGAGCACCCGCGAGCCGAAGCCAAGACGGUGGUGAAACAGGACCGUUUGUUGGGCCUGCUCAUGCCGUUCCGGGCAUUUGGCGAUGUCAAGUUCAAGUGGAGCAUUGAGCUGCAGCGGCGCGUGCUGGAGUCCGGCCCGGAUCAGCUGCAUGAGAAUGAGCAUGCCAAAUUCAUCCCACCUAACUACCACACUCCCCCCUACCUGACGGCCGAGCCUGAGAUCACCCGGCACCGGCUGAGGCCACAGGAUCGCUUCCUGGUGCUCGGCUCGGACGGCCUGUGGGAAACACUGCACAGACAGGAAGUUGUACGCAUCGUGGGUGAGUACCUGACUGGUGUCCACCAGCAGCAGCCCAUCACUGUGGGCGGCUACAAGGUGACCCUGGGCCAGAUGCAGGGGCUGCUGCAGGAGAGAAAAGCCCGCAUCUCCUCAACCUUUGAGGACCAGAACGCAGCUACACACUUGAUACGCCAUGCUGUGGGCAGCAACGAGUUCGGUACAGUGGAUCAUGAGAGGCUGUCCAAGAUGCUCAGCUUGCCAGAGGAACUGGCUCGCAUGUAUAGAGAUGAUAUCACUGUCAUUAUAGUGCAGUUUAACCCACAUGUCAUAGGAGCACAGCAGUGAGUGCGCCCCCCUCCCCCUCAAGCUUGGUUUCUGUUACAUAUGCUGCUGCUUGUGCAGUUGUUCACAAAUAGAUAUUAUAUAGUGUGAUGGUGGUUACCAGUCUUGGUCGUGGAGUACUGGUUGGAAAAGGGCAUUUUUCACUGCACAAGUACCAGACCUUUUGGCACCAGAAAACUGGAACUGUGCUUUUGCCAGUGGCCAUUGGUCCAGUAUGGAAUGCUUCAGUUUUAUGAUUUUUUUGUCACCUGCUCAAGAUUGGUACAUACUGGACCUGAUGGUACUUGCAUGUGUUCUCUGUCUUUGGUAAGACAGUUUAGCUAAUUCUUUACUAGAAUUCUAUUCGUUUUUUUGCUAGCCUCUGCAGAACAGUUGUUUUUGCUCAUGUUCACACUUGACAAUGAAAAAUAUGAAACUAUUUACUAUACUGUUCAAACAAAGCUUUAAUCAGCCAAUAAGUUAAUUGAAUUAGCAAGUAAUGUAGGUAAUUAGGCAAAUUAGAUGUUUUGUAUUAGCAUAAAUGACCAAAAAGACUUGCAAAUUAUUAAUCAUGAUGAUUAUAAUGGUUCCAGCUGCAUCAAAUUUUGUUGUUUGUCAUUUGGGUCAGUUCUUAGUUCUUAAUGUGCAGUAGAAAAAAAGCCCUAUAGUGUGCAAGGCAGGGGUACUCUAGGACCAGGAUUUGAGCCACUGUGCUAUAGACCUCCUAAGUCAUUCAUCAUUUUGUUGUCUGUCAUGUGUACAAAUGAAAGACUCUUGGUGUAAGCCUUUUUUGUUUAUGAAAACAACCACCCAUAUCACACCCUGGGGUAAACAAAUGUUCCAGAGUUAAACAUUUUGUCCUGUUUGCAUUUCCCUCCUGAUUGUCAUCAGGAUCUCUGAAUUACGAGAUCAUUGAAAAUAUGAAAAUUGCCAUACAUGCUGUACAGAAGUGAACACUGUACAUUUAACUGAUGUAAUUUAUGUAAACGUAAAGUUAUGACUUCCACACUGUUUAACCAGGUGCUCAGACUACGGUCUACUACUGCCAAAGCUACAUAACUACCACACUUGACAAAGCUUGCAGGUCUGUACGUGGUAUUUUUGUGCGUUUUGCACUUUUACGUCAGUUAAAUGCAUUAGCUUGAAUGUAACAUACAUGGCAGUAUUCCUAUUUUUACUGACUUACAAUCUCACUGUUUGAAUGACUGAUUUUCAGGGAGAAAAAUGUACAUAAAACAAAGUGUCAUGGUUUUGGAACUUGGUUAACCACAGUGUGUGAUGGAGGUGAUUUCCUAAAUUUUUUUUUUUUCUUUUCCCCAUAGACAAAAAACUGCUUAGCGGUAGGGCUCGUCCAGAUGGCAAACUAUAAAUGAUGACACAGUGCCUCAGCCUUUUGUUGUGAUUCUGUCUGUACUACACUAAGGGUAUGUGUGAAUGAGAGAGAGCACGCACAGAACACAAAAAAAUUGUAUUUUAAUUGCUUUAGACGCCUCUAUCUUACCAAGGUUUGUAAAGUGGUUGCCUGUUGUUGGUUUACAUUUCUGAGGCGGAGUUUUUCGAUAUCAGUUCAGUAUCACUCUUUUGAAAAUGUUUUUUUCUUGGAAAGGGUGAUGAGUAUUAUCAGCAGUUCAGUUGGUAAUGACCUUAUCUUGAAAAUGCGUUGUGCACAUUUUAUGCAGUGAAAUGUAUAGCCGUAUUGGCCAGCUCUAGAUUUAUAAAGUCAGUACUUAACAAGACGUGCAGAGCCAUAAUGGGGGUUUAAACUUGUACACCUUCUAAAGGGGAUAGUUAAGUCUGAAACAUUUUGUACAGGUGAAAUUUAUGUGCCAAAACCUUUAAAGUUAUAGCUUGUUUCACUUUAAGUGAUUUAUAGAUUUUAUUUUUUUAGCUUGUAUUUUUUGUUUUAAAGUCUGUUUGAGAGUAGGAUUGAGAGAGAAGGGUCAUUGAAUUUUUAAACAAUGCUUGGUGCUCAGUUCAAGAAGCAGUUGCAGAGAUCUAGCAGAGACAUAUUUAGUCAGACUGGGCCAGACAUGACCUCAUAACGAGAAUACUUCCAGGUACAACUUAAACUUUUGGUGCUGGAUUGCAGUGAAAUCCACCACAAACAAGGGUAUGCUUCAUCUAAAACCAUUUUCAGCCAUCACUGGCUCCGGGCGCUACUUGUUAAAAUUGUUGGGUUGGCAGGAGUCGGUUGUCUGCUCCAGAAAACCUAGAGAUGUGCAUAAGUAAAUAGGGCUGCCAGAACAAGUUGUCGUUGCACCUUCAUGCAAACAACUGGCCUAUCAAAUAGCAAGUGUUUACCGGAAGUUAAAUAACAUUUUUAACAUAAAGCACUGGUUGAACGUUUAUGUAUUUCUUGGUUAAUGAUUAUUUGGUUAAUCAUUAACAUCCCUAGAAAGGAGUACAACUGAUAACACAAGGAAAACAAGCUUUUUGCAACUUGUAAUGUGUUCUUCGCUUAACUGAAGCUUUUUGGGGAUCAUUUUCAGCCAUGCUAACUUGCAUUACAUCAAUGGGCCAACGACAGGCCUGUCGUGUGAGGAUGAUGUUGACAAGUGCACCUCUGCUCACUACUUUAAGCUCUGCCUUCACAAGGCAUUGGAUUGGUUUAGAAAUUUACCCUGACGUUCUUGUUACAUGAUCACGUCUAGCCCUGACAUUUUAGGAGGUACAGUUGUAUUUGAUUGUUUAACAUAUCGUUGAAUAUUUGCCUUAGUGCUGUAGUCAAGUGAAAAUUCAAUGUUCUUUCUCAUCCAGAAUGUGAAUUGGAAAACAUUGACUUUAGGAGCACAGCUAGAAAGUUUAAUUCAAAGGGCUAAAUCGCCAAAACAAUACCAAAAGUACUAUUGCAUGAAAAAUUUUAGUAAAAAGAAAAACUGCACCACUGCAUGCCUUACCACAAUUUAAUUUUUUUUUUGUUUGUAAAAGCAAGGGGUGUGAACUUUUUAAGGUCAGAUACAGGUUUUGCUGUCUAUGAAUAAUUAGCUUUUGAUGAUUAGUCAGUAUGUCUGAUGUAGACUAUGUAUUUGCCAGUCUGGUAGAUCAAAGAAACAGUCUGCAUGGUCCAAAUUAUCCAAGGUUGUUUCAGUGGUGUAGUUCAGUCUCGUCACUGCUAAAAUGGCCUUAACUCUAUCUCUGGGAGUCUAGCCAUGGUGCUUGGUGAUUGAUCAUGAGGAGACUGCAGGAUAUGAACAAAAUGCCAUAUUGUGAUUAUAUUUGCAAUAUAUUAAUAACACACCGGUGAACCCUUGAUAUGAAGCACAAUGAAAUAUCCUGUGAUUCAUAAGAGGGCUUGUUUGCACAUUGCAGACUUCUGCAAUAUCAGUAUUGCAAAGACCAAAAUUCCAGUAAUUAGCAAAUGACACUGUGCAACCCUAAUUAAGAGUAAUUCUACGGCUUAUUUUUCUGUGACUUAUUUAGAUACCUCAUCCCUGUAGUUUUGCUCAACAAAGUUUCAUCUUUUUAUGAGCAAAAAUAUCAAGUUACAGAUCUGUGUUCUUUAAUGGCAGAGCAAGAGAAAAUUGUGCAUGUGCAGUAAGAAAAAUUCAGCCAUACUUAUAAUCUUUGUUUCACAUUAUGUAAUUGAGUGAUCACACUCUCGAAGAAGAAAGAAUGAAUCGUGUAUUCAUGCAGGCCAUGAAUGUACUUUCCAGUGUUUCUCAACCCCUAUUACUCUGGGAAAAACUCCAGAGUUUCGCUCCAUCACAGCUCCUCACACACCUGUACAAGACAACUAGUGUUCCUUUUUUGUUUGGUUCAGGUGUUCUGGACGCUGGGGUGGAGGAAAAUCAUCUGAGAGUCCCUGGGAAAUGCUGGUCCAUGGCAUGUUUGUCUAAUGUCCUGCAAUUAUUAUCAUAAGUUUUGAAAUGAAAUGAAAUGCAUGGUCUGGUAGAUGAUGGAUUUUCUUUCUGUACUCUGUGUCCUGAUGUAACACUUGACUUGACCCUCUGCACUCACUCCAACACUGAAUUAGCUCAUGGGAGAGAUUAACUGCAUAGCAGGCCAAAAAUAACUCCUCUUACUCUUUGUUGUACAUUGUGUUCAGACCUAAAUGUCCUUCAGGUCAGAGAAUGUCACUGCAGUAAGUGCACUGUAUGAACUAAAACUUGAAUGGAUACCUUAAUGUAAAUUACUUAAUCCUCCAAAAUGACAAACUGUCUCUUAUCUAUUUUCAGUCAUUUUCUUUAAGUUUGGGGUGACUCUGCCAAGUUUGAGGUGAAUGUCUGAAGGAUAAAUGUGGUCUUUAAUUUUUUCUUUCUGAAGUGGAAAUGAACUUAAAUAAUUUCUUAGAAUGCAUUUAAAUUCGAUUGCAUGACCAUAUAGGGCAAAACCUACUAAUUGCAGUGAGUAUCAAGCAAGGUGAACUUGAAGUGGAAAUAAGAUUAAGGUCAAAAACAAUGGAUAUUUCUGUUCUUAAAAUGACUCCAACUCUGGUGUGUGUCUCUGUCCAUGUAUGUCUGUUCUAUGGACUUCGCUCAAAGCGAUUGUCAUUAUGCCAGCUGGGUCUUUUUUAUUAUUAUUUUUUUUUCCAAUUUUAAUUUUUUUUGCGGCCUUGUACAGAUGCUUCUUUGUGAAGGAAGUUUGUUUGACUUUGAAUGUUUGAUAUAGUUAGUGAAAGAUGUGUACAUAUUUACCUUAACAUAUUUAUCUUGAAAAAGGCUUGCUUAAUACUUGAAGGUCAUUUAUUUGGCUUAAUGCAUUUGAAGCAUAAAAGAUAUUAAAAUCUAUUUACAGACUUGCAACAGGUGUAUUUAACAUUAUUACCAUAUGUACUGGUGUAUGAGUGUGGUUUGUUUGGUAACUGGUAUUUUGUAUUUAGAAUAUUUUAAUAAAACAUUACACAUCA